AUGGACGAGCCGACGGAGAGCGGCGCGCGAUGCGGAGUAUUUUUACGCGCCUUUCACGCCGCGGUGGCGUCGUGCGCGGUGCCGCCGACCGCGCAGGAGUUCGUUCGCGCGUUUCCGGGGCUUGCGCCGACGCAUCACGAGGCGUUGUAUGAAUUACACCGAGAUGUGUUGAGCGCGUGGGCGAAACGGUCGCGGGAGGAGUUUGAGACGAUUUGUGAAGAGGAAGAGAUCGCGCAGCGGUUGAACGCGAUCGAUGCGAUGUGCGCGAGGGCUGGGAUGGGAGACUUGGACGUGGCGUCGAACGCGGCGAGGGUGGCGUACGGCGGGAAGACGCCGGAUGAGGUGGCGCGGAACACGCGCGCGGCGGCGAAAAAGAUGGAGGCGGCGGCGCUGCGAGAGAUCGCGGAUGGGUUGGAGGCAUCGGCGCGAGCGAAGAUUGGAGAGUUGGAGACGAAGCGCGCGGCGGUGCGGUCGGCGGCGAACGGGUUGAAAUCGAGCGAGUCUGGAGGGGAGAAAAUUUUUGAGGCGUCGAUGCAGUGGAGCGCUCGGGCUCCGCAGGCGCUUCGAUCGUGA